AUGCCUGCAUACAUGCCCAAGGCGGGCGUGCAAUGGGACAUGUCGCUUGCACAGCACAGCCUUGACACGUCUCCGUACUCUCCCUCCCCUGCCCUCCCCUCCUCUCCCCCUCUCCCCCUCCCCCCCCUCCCCUCCUCUCCCCUUCUCCCCCUCUCCCCUUCUCCCCCUCCCCCCCUCUCCCCCUCCCCUCCUCUCCCCCUCUCCCCUUCUCCCCCUCUCCCCCUCUCCCCCUCCCCUCCUCUCCCCUUCUCCCCCUCUCCCCCUCUCCCCCUCUCCCUCUCCCCUCCUCUCCCCCUCUCCCCCUCUCCCCCUCUCCCCCUCUCCCCCUCUCCCCCUCUCCCCCUCUCCCUCUCCCCUCCUCUCCCCCUCCCCCCCUCUCCCCCUCUCCCCCCGCACCAUCAGAACGACUGGUACGAUUUUCAGGGCGAGAUGCCUGCAUACAUGCCCAAGGUGGGCGUGCAAUGGGACAUGUCGCUUGCACAGCACAGCCUGCCAGACGGAUUCUGCCACGUGGCGGCCAGCAACUCGCGCCGCUACGUCGUGAGCCGGAACGCGGAGGGCAUCUGGGCGCCCAUUGAGGUGGCGGACGGGGCGGGAGGCAUGAAGCUGCCUUUCAUGAUCAAAUUCUUCUUCGCCCACACAACCCGUCUUGGCGGCAGCAUUCAGUACGAAGCAGACGGAGCCUUCAGGGAAGAUCACCGUUCCUCCUCUCAUGCACGAUCUCCCCUCCAAACCCCCUCAAUCCCCCCUUCCCGUAUCCCUCCAGCAACCACGUCCCGACUCGGCUGCAGCAUUCAGUACGAAGCAGACGGAGCCUUCCGAACCUCAGUCGCAGUAGAAGAUUCGCUAGACACCAACGAACGCCGCCCAGCAGACUGGGUCUCGCCCACGUGGGGCCUGGGCGGCCUCUCGUCCCGUCUGCCCGGCCACCUGCCGCCCGUUCCGGCACUAGAUGACAAGACAGUGGUGGGAACUCGCACCGUUCUGACCCGCAACCUGAUGGUUCAGGAGCGAGAAAACGUGUCUUGGGCAGAGGAAUGGAGCCCUAACGGUGCCGCCGCUGCUGCACCUGCCGCAGCAUCUGCGGCGGCAGGGUUCAUGGGGCGGGUGCCUCAAGGAGACGAGGAAAAGUACGAGGUGUUUUCUCUGCCCCAGGGGGUGGUGGUGUGCGUCCCUCGCUCGCUGCAGCUGGUGGCAGGAAGGCCGUUUGUGCUGUCAGCCACGUGGGUGGUGGAAAGUGGAGGGGGAGUGGUACAGGAGAGAGGCAUGAGCCUGUCCGCAGGAGCAGCAGCAACAGCAGCAGCUGGUGGUGGUGUUGGCAGGGAGGCCGUUGGUGCUGUCGGUGUUGUGAUGUGUGCUCCUCGCUCGCUGCAGCUGGUGGCAGGGAGGCCGUUUGAGCUGCCAGCAACGUGGGUGGCGGGCGCUGGGGUGGCGGGAGAGGGGGAGGCGAAGCGGAUCAGUGCCUACUGGGGGGCUGAUGGGGGCUUUGAGAAAGUGGAGGGAGAGUGGUACAGGAGACAGGCAUGCAGAGGAGAGCUCCACAGCUGCUAG